AUGAUUAGGAAGGUGACUGUUGUUUCUGCUGUCCCUGGGAAAGUGAUUUGUGAAGUGAAAGUAGAAGAGCAGCAUACCAAUAAAAUGGGCACCCUCCAUGGUGGCAUGACAGCCACCUUAGUGGAUGUUGUAUCAACAUAUGCUCUUCUGUGCACAGAAAGGGGAGCACCCGGAGUCAGUGUCGACAUGAACAUAACGUACAUGUCACCUGCUAAAAUGGGAGAAGAUAUAGUGAUUACAGCACAUGUUCUGAAGCAAGGAAAAACACUUGCAUUUGUUUCUGUGGAUCUGACGAACAAGGCCACGGGAAAAUUAAUAGCACAAGGCAGACACACAAAACACCUGGGAAACUGAGAACAGCAGGGUGACCUAAAGAAACUCAACAAUGAAUGUCCAGAGUAAAUCUGACUUGAACAAAUAUAAUUUUCAAAAUAAAUUAGCACAACCAGAA